GGAAGUAAAGGCUGCGCAACGAAGUUGUGCGCAGUUGUUGCCCAUAGUGACGUUGAUUACAAAUGGUGGACAUGGCAGAAACUUCAUUUAAUUGAUCAUCACCUAAAAAAGAAGAAAAAUGUCAAUUGCAAUUGCUCAGGCCAAGCACAUUUUUGGUCUCAAGUCUGGUGUCAGCGGAAACAUCUGCUACCAUGACGAGCAGACAAUUGUCUACCCCUCUGGGGCUAACUGCAUUUUGUACAACAUUGACCAGAAGGUUCAAAAAUUCAUUCCUGGCACUGACAAGAGUGAAGGAAUGACUGCUGUUGCAGUCAGUCCUAACAGAAGAUAUGUAGCCAUCGCAGAAAAGCUUGAGAAGCCAACCAUUACCAUUUAUGACCUUCACAGUCUUCGUAAGCGUAAAGUGCUUAGCUCACCAGAUGUUAUGUCAAGUGAAUAUGUCAGCCUAGCAUUUUCACCUGACUCCAAAUACCUGGUUGCCCAAGGAGGCAAGCCAGACUACACGCUGUUGUACUGGACAUGGGAAAAGUCAAAAGUCAUGGCUGUUACCAAGACAUCUAACCCACAGACCAAUCCACCAAUAUACCAGGUGAGCUUCAAUCCUCAAGACAACACUCAGCUGUGUGUUGUUGGCAAUGGCAUAUUCAAGAACUUCCGCUACAGUGAGGGAAACCUGAAGACCUUCAACAUCCAGAAGGUCGAGCCCCAGAAUUACCUGUGUCAUGCCUGGGUGUCCGAGGAGAGAGUCAUUGUGGGGACGGAUACAGGCAGGCUCAUGUUGUUUGAGGCUGGAGAAAUGAAACAUGAGUUUAACAUUGCAGCCCAUGAUAAAGAAAAGAAAGAAGAUGAUUUAUCCAGUGGUCCCCCGCAGAUUACAGCCAUUGUUGCCUAUUCCAAGGGUUUUGCGUGUGCCUGUGGUCCCGGCGUGGUCCACUUGUUUGAGAAAACUGAUGACAAGGACUUCUUCAAGAAAGCAAGAGAGAUCAGGAUUCCACAGGAUUCCAACAGUGCUGACCCCGCCAAGUCCCAGCUGCAGGUAAUCAUGAGUCUGACUGUGAGCCCAUCGGAGGAGACCCUGGUAGCCAGUACAGAUCUCAGCCAACUCUACUAUAUCACACUGUCCAGCGCUGACAUCGGCAAGGGAGACCAGGCCCAGUUUGAGGUGCUGGCUCAGGCUUUCCACUACGGUCAGAUCAUGGGGCUUGAUGUGUGUGCCCGAAAGCCACUGCUGGCUACUUGCUCCAUGGACAAGUCUGUUAGGAUCUGGAACUAUGAGACAUGUAACCUGGAGUUGUAUCGGGAGUUUGCAGAGGAGGCGUACAGUAUUGCCCUGCACCCGUCCGGCUUGUACAUCCUAGUAGGGUUCAGUGACAAGCUUCGUCUCAUGAACCUCCUCAUUGAUGACAUACGAACAUUCAAGGAGUUUACCAUCAGAGGAUGCAGAGAGUGUGCGUUCAGUAACGGUGGUAACCUGUUUGCUGCCGUCCAUGGAAACGUGAUACAGAUUUACUCCACGAUAACUUUCGAUAAUGUAGCCAACCUGAAAGGUCACAAUGGCAAGGUCAGAUCUCUCGUGUGGAGUUCAGAUGACAGUAAGAUCGUGUCUUGUGGCCUCGAUGGAGCUGUUUACGAGUGGGAAAGCUACAGUGGGAAGAGGGUUGGAGAGUCUGUCCUCAAGUCGUGUCAGUACACAGGCGUAGCUGUCACUUCUGAUGGCAAAACAACCUUUGCUGUUGGGUCUGACAAGACACUGAAGGAAAUUUCAGAUUCUUCGAUCCUGCGUGAAGUGGAUGCUGGAGAGACGACCCUAAGCAGUGUCUCCCUGUCCCACUCUGGACGUAUGCUGUUCGGGGGUACGGCCAAGGGUACGCUCUGGUCCCUAAAGUUCCCCCUGACCAUCCCUGGGGAGUGGCAGGAGCUGCAGGGUCACGGCUCACAGAUCGCAAAGAUGAAGAUCACAUAUGACGACCAAUACCUUGUGACUGUUUCUGAGGACGCUUCAAUCAUCCUGUGGAAAAUCCAGGACAAGGAAGGCCGUGGAGUUAAACGUGACAAGGAAGUUGGCUGGGCAGAGGAAAUUCUUAUUACAAAGAGCGAUCUUGAGGAGAAAAACUCUAUGAUGGCAGAACUCAAGACGCGUGUUGACGAGUUGAAGAUGGAAAAUGGCUACCAGCUGAGGCUGAAGGAUAUGAACUAUAACGAGAAGAUUAAAGAAUUGACCGAGAAAUUCAUCCAGGAAAUGGAGUCUCUGAAAACUAAGAAUCAGGUGCUGAAGACAGAUAAAGACAAAGAGGAAGCUAAACAUGAGGAAGAGAUGGCUGAACUAAUGGAGAAACACAGCAAGGAGAUGACCGACCUCGAGUCUGCAAACAACCAAAAGCUGAUGUUGGAGUAUGAGAAGUUCCAGGAGCAGCAGGCAAAGAUGAUGAAGAUGCAGGAAGACUACGAUCGUCAGCUCCUUGAGAUGGAAGAGAGCAAACAACGAGCACUCGAGGAGCUCACAGAGUACUAUGAAACUAAACAACAGGAGAUGACCACCAAACUCCAGCAGGCAAAUGACGAGACUCGCCAGCAGACUCACGAGUACGAGGAAACUAAGAAGCAGAUCGAGGAAGAUGCUGACCGCGAGAUUCUUGACAUCAAGAACAAGUACGAGCGCCGACUUAGAGAUGAGAAGGAGGCCAACAUGAGACUCAAGGGAGAGACAGGCAUCAUGAAGAAAAAGUUCACAAGUCUGCAGAAAGAGAUUGACGACCACAAGGAGGAGAUCAAGAAGUACCAGGCUGAGAAGGCUAAACUGGAGUCGAUCAUCCGCAACCUGGAGAAGGACAUUCUCGGUCUGAAGAAGGAGAUCCAGGAGCGUGAUGAUACCAUCCAGGAUAAGGAGAAGCGUAUCUACGACCUGAAGAAGAAGAACCAGGAGCUUGAGAAGUUCAAGUUUGUGCUGGACUACAAGAUCAAGGAGCUCAAGAAACAGAUCGAGCCACGCGAGACCGACAUCAAGAACAUGAAGGAACAGAUACAGGAGAUGGAGUCUGAGUUGGAUCGCUUUGACAAGUUGAACACUCAGCUUGAGCUGAAUAUCACGGAGUUGAGGCAGAAACUAAAGGCCACAGACAAGGAGAUGCACCAGGAAAGACAGCGGGUACGCGACAAGGAGGCCGUUGUGAAGCGUUUCAAGACGGACCUGCACAACUGCGUCGGCUACAUUCAGGACCCCAAGAUGCUGAAGGAAUCUAUCAAGGCUCUCUACACUAAACACGUCCAGGAAGACAUUGAUUUCUUGACUAAACUUACUGAGUCUGCGAGUGUUGACGCCGAUAUCCAGAAGGAGUACAGCCGACAGAGGGAGCAUCUUGAGCGCUCCGUGGCCUCGUUGAGGAAGAAGCUCGCCAAGGAUUCCGAGAUUCACCGAGCUGACAACGUCCGCAUCAUGCAGGAAAAUGUUUCAUUGAUCAAGGAAAUAAAUGACCUUCGUAAGGAGUUGAAGAUUGCCAGAACACAGAUCCAUGACCUUGAGGCUGCGAUUAAACAGAACAUGAAGAAGGAAAAAGGUGGAGAGUAUCCCGAUAUCUACACUGUCAUGCUACGAGCGCCGAACGCUAUGGCGGAGUCGGAAAUUGAGGAGAGAAAUAAGAUCAUUAAUAUGCAGAAGCUUGAAAUUCGCAAGCUUCGUCACGAAAUAGAUACGGGUUCUCGACCGUCGUCAUCGUCACGGCUUCCCCCAAUGCAUCCAGUCGAUUCUUCAGCAUAACUGCCUUAUAGACACUUUCAAAUGAUAGAUUUUAGAGUUUUUGAGAACAAUUGAAAUGUGUUACAUUGGAGAAUGAAUGGAUGUCACUUUUUAUCAUGAUGUAAUUUAUUUAAGAUAAAAAACUGAAAUUUGUUUCUAUGGUCACUUUAUCAUUUAACUUCCUCCUUACAUAUAAAACUUUAUAAUGUUUAUAUACAUGCAAAUCUUAUUGUGAUAACAUUUGUUUUUAGAAUGGUCUGAAAACUUAUGCAAAUGUUAAACAUUCCAAAUGUGAAUUAUUGAUAGUAUGUAUAGUAUUGUUUUAAGUUGUCAGCAAUAAAGAGUCCUGUCAUGAUAGGUUUUUUGAUAAUCAACUUAAACAAUAUUUAACCCAGUGAUCGAAACAAAAAUCAAACUUAUAUCAAUACAUGCAUGUAAAAAGGAAUGUAAGUAAAUUUUACAAAAAAUAAGAAAAAUAGCUACAACUGAAAAUUGUCCUUUUCCUUCACUGGACUCGUGUUUUGCACACAAGUAUAAUUUCAUAAAUAUUUAAUACUAGAAUAUUUUGAUGUUGAAAAGCAUUAUUGUGAAUGUACUUACUUCAUCUGUGAUAUUGUUUUACACCGUCCUAUUUUAUCUAUGGAAAAAAUGUUUACUGUUUUAAUGUGUUGAAUUAUUGAGUAAUAAAAUAUAUGCAUCUU